AUGGAAACAUUUGAAGAAGAUACAGAUAUUAUAAUUGAUCAAGAUAUAUUUAUAGAUGAAUAUGGAUUUGAGUAUAGGUAUUCAGAGAAUUCAGAAUUAAUUAAAGAAUUAAAACAACAAAAAAAGAAUGAAGAUGAAAGAUUAGAAGAAUGGACACACUAUAUUCAAACUACAUGUCAUACAGAAGAGGAUAUAUUUAGAUACUUAAAAAGAUAUUCACAUGAAGAAUCAUUUAGAGAACUAUUAUCACAUGGUAUUCAUCCAAAAUAUCGUAAAUCAAUUUGGACAAUAUUCUUGGAUUGUUAUAAUUUAGAUUUUAAAAAAGGUUAUUAUUGGUCAUUAUUAAAAAAUGAAAAUUUCAAUCUAGAUGAAUUAUCAAAUGAUUUAACUGAUCUCCAAAUAUUUUCAACACCAUCAUCACCAUAUUCAACAACAUCAACAUCAACAUCAACAACAAUGCCAAAGAAUUCAAGUUAUAAUGAUUUAAUAUUAUCAACAUCAACAGAAUCUUUUAAUAGUACUAGUAGUAAAUCUAAUAUAAAUAAUUUAAAAUAUAAAAAUGAAAUUUUAUCAGAUUUAGAGAGAACAUUUCCAACACAUCCAAAAUCAUUAGAUCCAGAAUUUAAAGAUAAAUUAAAAAGAAUUUUAUUUGUUUUUAGUGAAACAACAACUGUUGGUUAUUGUCAAUCUUUAAAUUAUAUAACUUUUUUUUUAUUAAUGAUUAUUGAAAAUGAGGAGCAAGUGUUUUGGUGUUUAUCACAUAUUACAGAUCAAUUACUUACAGAUUAUUAUACAAAGACAAUGUUAGGAAGUCAAGUUGAUCAAAAUGUAUUAUUAGAUUUAAUGGAAGAGAUAUUUCCAGAAUUGAAUCAACAUUUAAAGAAUAUUGGAGCCAUUAUACCAGUAUUAUCAAUGGAAUGGUUUUUAUGUUUAUUUACAGUAUCAUUACCUGCACAAUGUGCAUUAAUAAUUUGGGAUAAUUUCAUUAUUAGAGGUAGUAGAGUACUAUUAGAGAUUGCAUUAGGUUUAAUUGAAAUGAAUUUAAAUUCAUUGAUGUUGGCAAAGAAUCAUGGUCAAGUAACUGAUAUUCUAUCGGGUAGACCAUUUAAUCCUGACCUUUUCAAAACAAUUGAAAAUUCCUAUAAAAGAAUUGGUAUUGUACUCUCUAAAAAGAGAAUUCAAGAUUUAAAAUCAAAACAUUGGGAAAUUACAAAGAAACAAGUUAAACAAAAAGAAGAAGAUAAUGAUCUUCGUUAUCUACUAAAAUCAACUAAAUUCGAUUUAGAGAAAUUAAAAGAUUUAAAAGAAGAAUUUGAAUAUUUAUCAACUGAUGGUACUGGUAUUGGUUUCUUACAAUUUCAACAAUUAAUUUUAAGAUUUUUACCUGACUGGAAUUGGAAUUUAAAUUAUAAUAAUAAUAAUAAUAAUAAUAAUAAUAAUAAUAAUAAUAAUAAUAAUAAUAAUAAUAAUAAUAGCAAUAAUAAUAGCAAUAAUAAUAACAAUGAAAAUAAAAACAAUAAUUUAUUGGAUAGAAUGUUUAAAUUAAUGGAUAAAGAUGAUGAUAAUCUUUUAAAUUUUAAAGAAUUGGUUGAAUCAUUAUCAACAUUAUCACAUGGUAAUAUAGAUCAAAAGUUAACAUUUAUAUUUAAAUUAUUUGCAAUUGAACAUAAAGAUUUCAUCAAUAGAAGUGAAUUAAGAGAAUUAAUUGACCAUGUUCAUUUCAUUUAUUUCGAACCAUUUCUAAAGGAUUAUCCAAAUGAAGUUAAAUCCGGUUAUUUUCAAAAGAAAGAAGAUUUCAUAAAUGAUGCAAAAGAGAGAAUAUCAUUUGAAGAUUUAAAACAAAUAGCUUAUGAAAAUCCAUUAAUUAUUGAAUCUUUUAGAAUUCCAAAUGGAAAUUAUUCUCCAACUUUAACUAGUAGUGGUAAUAAUUUUGGUACCAACACCACCAUUAAUAAUUGUAAUAAUAGUAAUAGUAAUAAUAAUGAUAAUGUAAAUAAAAAAGAUAGUCAAUCAAAGCAGCAACAACAACAACAAAGCAAUCAACCAAAGAGAAGAAGUAACUCAUUCCAUCUUUUAAAUACAGAAGGACAAAAUCAUUUAGCAAUAAAAAAACAACAACAAAUGAAACAUGAUCAACUCCAACAAGUUAAAAACCAAGAACCUCCAAAAUCUCCAAAAUCUUUAAAAACUGUAAAUAAUAAUAAUACAACUAAUAAUAACACCAAUACAACAUAUUCUAGUAUUGGUAAUGCUACAAAUAAUAUUUUAAAGAAAUUGGACCCCUUAAAAAAAAAAAUUAUUGAAAAUUCAUCAUCUAAUAACAAUAACAAUAAUAACAACAACAACUACAGCAAUAGUACAAAAAAAAGUGGUGAAAUUUCAGCACCACCACCACCACCACCCCAAUCUAUAGAAAACAAUUUAAAGGGUGAAUUAACCAAUGAUGGAGCUUGCUCAUUGAUGUAA